AUGUCCUACUCCGACUACGGGGCCUCUAUUUCCGACUAUGACACGACUGAAUCACGCCCGGACAAGGCGUUGGUCGUGGAAUGCAAAUACGAUGAAGCCGUGCGGAAGAUCCGCUUCAGCUCUACCCGGACAUGUUCAUACGAGCUGCUCAGGCAGAGGGUAGAACAAGGGUUCUCUCUGUUCGCCACACCAUUCGCCAUCACAUACACAGAUGACGAUGGCGAGGUCACCGACAUCUACACCGAUUCCGACUUGACCGAAGCUAUACGCUAUUUCUCCCCAGUACAUGAAGAGCGCCCUAUCUCAUCAUCGUCAUCUAUUAUAUCUGGCCGCAGUCUGACACGAGGUAAGAUUACGCUGCGCGUUCGAAUAACCGUCGAGUACGAUGGUCCGAGUCUAUCGGACACGUCCUCUCUCGUCAGUCUGGAAGAAUACAAGAACCGCAAUGGGAGCGAGCUGUCUCUGUCCCUCAGCGCAGCACCACCGGGCGAAGUGGACGACGACUCAGUCACAGUCAGUUCAAAGGACAUGGGCUCGAAGUAUGAUGUCUACCGGACGCAGGGAACGAAGACAGUAAUCAUGGCUGCAAGCCGGGAGCCACUCAUCAGCAAGUCUCCUGAGCCGUCCACGCACGCGUCACAAUGGGAGAAUGGCUCGUCGUCGAGUCUCCACGCUUCUCUCACAUCUGCGAUCAUCCAAAGUGCAUCUAACUCGCAAGCUCUGCAUAUACAGGAGCCAGACCCUUUCGCCGAUAGGCUGGCCGAUGAACACUCCCGUAUGGGCUCUUCAGACGUCUUCGAGAGGCUGAAGCUUGCAGACGAUCAACAGCCAGGCUCGAGCCAUGGGUCAACCCUCCAUUCCGAGCGCGGUGCCGCGUGGCUACGUGACCAGAACGCGCGCACGAUAAAGUCAAUGCUCGGUGAUCUACCAUCGCCCUCAGAAGGCUCUUUCGAUGCGAAUGUACACGACACAACCGACAGACGUUCCGUCCUCAGCGGCGAACUUGCCCUGCACCAAGACUCCAGCGGGAAGUACUACUACGCCUACACAGUGGGAAGCUCGUAUGCAGCAUCGCAUGACUCAGGGUACGAGGAUGCCAGCGAUGUCAACCGUUCGAGCGUCCAGGUCGAGCCGGCACUCAGCCGCCCGACGUCGAUGGAGGUCCCCAGCGCCGUUGUUUACGACGAGCCUGGCCCGUCUGGGAGCGACCUCAAACGUUCUGUGUCCAACGCGUCUACAUCCUCAUCGAACCCGUUCGCUGAUCCGCGCGCAAGCGCAGAGAUCGUCUAUCCGGUCGAUUACAUCCACCCCGACGUCCCACCAGAAGUCCUGCAAUUCAUCACCGCUAUUCCACCCGCGCCGCCCCGCGAUCCUCCAACGUGCUCGAACUGCACGAUCAUCCUCGACACCAUCCGAUACGUAUGCUCCACAUGCGGGGAGAAGCGUCCAAUGUCGCCCUCCGCGAGCUCCGACUCGACGAGCAAGGGCAAGGACAGGGCGGUCGACUACGACGUGCGUUCCGCGAACGGCUCGCACGCCUACCCGCCGUCCCCCCGCUCCCCAACCUAUCCUCCGCCCACGCCCACCAUCUCGUCUUCCUCCUCCAACUCCUCGUGGUCCAUGGUGUCGGGCUCCUCCGAGUACUCGCACCACCCCAUGCGCUCCUUCUCCGACAGCACCAUCAACACCCACACUGGCAGCAACGGCGCCCGGCCCCCGCGCAAGCCGCUGCCCAAGAUCCCAACCUCGCCCCUAGCCAACUCCUCGUCCACGCUCGUCCCGCGCAUCACUGCGAACGGCAACGGGUACGCGCCGUACCCCGGCGCGGGCGACAGCCCCGGGAUCGUGGGGUACGAGCUGUGCUGGGAGUGCUUGCCCGGCGCGGGGGUGACGCAUGCGCUCGAGAUGAGCGUGGCACCUGGCAGCUCGCCCGGGCUGGGGAAGUGGUCUGCGUCGGGCGAGGCCGCGCUUUCCCAGUGGAGACGGACGGCGCCCACUCAGAAGGGCCAGCUGCGCCACGCGUAUGUCGAGAAGAGCUGGGGACACGGUGGAUGGCAGGAUGUCGAGCAAGACGACCGGGACAGCUGCAACUGCUCGACGUGUGGGACCGCCAUCGUGAACAGCCGCUUCAAGUGCGCGUCUUGCGAAAAUUUCAAUUUGUGCAAGGCCUGCUAUAGCCAGGUCCAUGAGAUCCAUCCGUCGCAUGCGUUCUUGAUCGUUCCGGAUAAAGCUGGACGGUCGAGAGGUGGCUCGGGGAGCGGUGGAACGCCUAUUAUGCAGCCUGCCACCACCAGCUAUGGAGAGUAUUCGCUGAAGCACCCAGGGGUACGAUGUAUGUACUGCAUGCAGGACAUCGUCGGCGCGCGGUUCCACUGCGCAAUCUGCGACACAGUUGACAUCUGUCAGAACUGCGAGGCCGCAGGACUGCCAGGAAACCUUGACACAUCAGAGGGUGGACACAACUCGUCUCAUAUUAUGAUCAAGAUCCCAUUCCCCCUGCCGAAUUCCGAGCUGCAAACCGCUAGCGACCGUGCAAGGAGUCUAUGGAGCGGGCGCGACGCUGCGACGGGCCAGAUCGUGAGGUCUCGUCGGAACUCGGCCUUGUCGGCGUACGACAGGACCGUGUUGGGCGUCGGUUCGCGCAAUUGCCCGUCAUCCGCGGACAGCACGGCUUCCGUUGGGAGCUCGGAGGACCAUGGCCUCAGAUGCGAUGCGUGCAAUGAGCGAAUUAUUGGAGUACGCUAUCAAUGCGCGUCGUGUUCGUCUCUACCCAAAGCAUACAGCCUAUGCGCUAAUUGCGAAGAGCGCUCCUACGUCGUACAUGAUCCUAUGCACGUCUUCUUCAAGUUACAGCGCCCUCUGGACCGCCCAUUACAAAUCGAGUAUCCUCUCGUUCCGCGAAUAUACAAAUAUCCUGUUGGCCCUACAGACGGCAGGUUCGAUCCAGAGAACCCAAGGGGAUACCUCAAGCAGCUCCUACAUCCGACCGCGUUGUGCGACCGAUGCAUGACACGGCCCAUUGGUGUCUGGUUCCGGUGCGCGUAUUGUGCGAUGGACCUGUGCGAGACGUGCCAGGAGAUGGACACACAUAACGACAACCAUGUCUUCAUCAUGUUCAAGUCAUUGGUACGUCCGCCAUUCCUGAUCACAGAUAGCAGUCGGGCUCAUGUCUCCCUUCCCCUGCCCACAGAUUGA